GUAAGGAAACCUUCGAAGUUCCAAAAUGUCUCUCACAAAAGCAUGAUAAUAAUAAUAAUACUCCUUUGACUGAUUCCCACCCCAAUCCAAUUUGCAAAACCCCAAAAACCGAUUACCAUUGACCCCCCUCUUUCUUCCCCAUCUCAGAUCUCUUCCAUCAUUCUCUCUGCAGCAAUUUGUCUUCUCCGUCCGUAUGCAUAUGUACAUAUGCCCAUAGAUUAGGGUUUCGUCGAAUUGCUUUCCCCUGAAUGCUCGCUCUGAUAGAACAAUCCCAAAACAAGGGUUGAAAAAAAGUCGUUCGAUUUCCUGCUUCGGCGAUCAAUUGGGGUCGCGAUCUCUAGAAUAUACAUCUCCUGGCUGCUCUAGAUUUCAGAAUCCGCAACAGUUCGAGGUGUUUUUCUUCUUUGUUGGGCGAGAGAGCAAACGAUUCCAUGACGGUGGACUCUGAGAGCUCAGCUGAGACUUUUCCUGCGUCUGCUGAUGUGCCGCUCCGGAAGAAAUAUGGUGUUACAAGGCCCUUGUCUCUGACCGGGCCAUCCCAGGCAGAUCUCCAUAGAAACGAGGAACUUGAAAAGUUUUUGAGGGAUUCGGGGUUGUAUGAGAGUGAUGAAGAAACUAGAAAGAGAGAGCAGGUGCUGUGCCAGCUUGAUCAGAUUGUAAAGCUCUGGGUAAAACAAUUGACCCGCCAGCGAGGUUACUCAGAUCAAAUGGUGGAAGAUGCAAAUGCUAUUAUAUUAACCUUUGGCUCCUAUCAGUUAGGUGUAAGUAAAGUUCUUAGUUAUUUUAUGUGCGUUAGAAUUUAUGAAAUAAGGCUUACUGUCUCAAGUUUUUAUACUCCUCCAACUUAUUAAAAAACUUUGAUGUUUGACUUUCACAAAGUUUAAGAAAAGUAUUAAAAAGUGAAAACUUUAUGGUUAGAAGUUGUUUAGAGGAGAGAAAAAAGUUGUGAGCCACUCAUUCCUUUCAUUAAAAGUCAAUGACGUUUUUUGGACACAUGAGAAGGGAAAGAGUGAAUUUUAUUCAGGGAAAAGGGAGUGUUUUUUUCCGAGGGAAUAUUGCUUCUUAUUUGCAAAUUAUCUCUUUUUUAUUCAAUUCAUAGUUAUCAUCUAUGAGCUGAGUUCUAGAUACUAGAUACUCAAAGUUUCUUGUUAAUUAUAGCUGUUUCUUCUCUCUUAGCUAAGCCAGUUUCAUGUGGUCAAAUGCAAGUUUGCAUGCUGUUAAACCAUAAACUGCAAAGAGGAUAAUAUGUGCUAAAAGCACCCUACUAAAUGAUUAGAUUGCCGAGUUUUAGUCUCGUGAGAGAAUUUUUGCAUCGUAACUUUAUUUAGCCUUUUGAAACAUGUACUGCAAAGUUCUUAAUAGCAGACUGUAUCUAAGAGUAAUUUCUCUCCGAUCUUAUGAAUGCUCAAGUGGGAAAUGCUCAACAAUGAAGAGAAAAUACCUUGGAAGGAAAAUUUAAUGGGAAACAUGUAAUAUGCUGUUUGCCUUUUCUAUGUUCAAUUUUGUGAUUAAUAUUUGAAAUAGAAGGUGCAAUCUCAAUUGAAAUACUCUAAAGUCUGAGCGUCUUUAGCCUAGCUAAUAGAAGAAGGUUUAGAGACAGUGAUGUAAUCAUGAACAGUGACUCUUUCUGCGUCCACAUGCUCUUUGUGAUUAGGGUGUAAUUAAUGUGAUUAGUAAAAAAACCAGAAAUUAAGGUGGAUCUCAUUGCAUAAACACAUAACUUAGGGCCUGUUUGGUAUCAAAACCAGAUUCAGUUUUAGUGUUAUGAUUUAAAAAGAUAAAGUAAACCAAAAAUUAGUCAUACAUAUUCUAUCCAUGUUAAAUUUGAAAACUACUCACAAAAAACUGAAGAUCACUUCUGACUUUCAAAAUCCUGUCUUUAUUUUCAAAAAAAUAAGACAUAAAUGAGCUCUGAACCAGAUGAUUUAAAGCUGCAUAUAGUGGUGUGAAGCUAACUUAUGAUGACUUCUGAACAAUGACAUCAGGAAGACAUGAAUUAGGACAAGACCCCUUGAGAAUGCAAUGCUUGUGGUGGCAUUGUGAAAAUAAAAGACCACAAAUUAAAUAACUGUUAAACUUACAAAAUGGCUCUUAUUGUGUGUUUCUUGAAUUUUAAUUAGUUUUUUACUGCCCUCAAAUAUAAUUGACAGUUCUUUUGUUAGUCCCUUCUACAUUAGACAAAACAAUUAUUUGGGGGGAAUUUCUGUGAGACUUUAAUGUUGUAUUUGGUUGGAGGCAAACCUAGCUUCUUCAAGAUCACCUCGUUUUGGAAGUACAGAGUAUUUUGACGACUAGAAUCUAGGUCUUAGAUGAACAUCUGAAAGCGAACUUUGGAGAACCUCUGGAUU